UGGGUGACUGAUUUAGUUAGUCAAUUAAAGAUACCAUUAGAGAUUCUAUUAGAUGCCUAAAUCAUCGUCGCUUGUGGGGUGAGCAAUAAUGGUGCUUGUUUCAUUAUAAUUUGUCUUUUUCAUCCUCUUCUUUAAAUUUCUCUUAAACCCAUUUUAGUUUCUCUCCUAGGAAGCUUUGUCGGGCUCACGUUGUAUUUCAACUAACUUGUCGAAGUAGUCAAGGAACAUAGUGAUGGAUAAGAGUUGGAUUCAUUUGUCAAGGGUAAGCAAUGCAUACGUAAGUGGAGCUAAGGAAUUCCUAGACUUUGCAUUUACAAAUACAAGUGAUAGAGGGAGGAUCCUAUGUCCAUGUAAGAACUGCAAUAACAACUUCUGGGUAUCUCGACAAGAAGCAUAUGAUCAUAUUGUGUGUGACGGAUUUAAUACGAGUUAUACUCAUUGGCAUUUUCAUGGGGAAGCCACGUCUUCUUCUAUGCCUAAUCUGGAUCCAAACGAUGAUAUGCACGAAUUGUUACAUGAUGCAUUUGAUUUUUCAGGUCCGGAUGAUCAAGAGAGUGAUGCAACAUAUAGACCUACACAGGGGCUUAAUACUGAAGCACAACAAUUUUUCAAAUUAGUAGAAGACGCCGAUAAGGAAUUAUACCCAGGCUGCAAGAAGUUUAGUAAACUCUCUUUCAUUAUUUGACUAUAUCACAUAAAGUGCCUUGGUGGAUGGAGCGACAAGUCAUUCACGAUGUUACUUGAAUUGUUAAAGGAUGCACUUCCCGAAGGUGAAACCUUACCAAGGUCUUUCUAUGAAACCAAGAAGAUUAUUGGAGACUUGGGCCUAAAAUACAAUAAAAUUGAUGCUUGUCCCAAUGAUUGUAUGUUAUAUUGGAAGGAUGUUGUCGACGAGCAAUCAUGUGGUAUAUGUGGUGCUUCCAGAUGGAAAACAUUUGAACAUCAAUCAGAUGACGAGGCGACUUCUUCGACUGCCAAAGAGAGAAAAAUUCCAGCCAAAAUAUUACGCCAUUUUCCUUUGAAACCAAGGCUUCAGAGGUUGUACAUGUCAUCUAAAACAGCGUCCUCUAUGAAAUGGCAUUAUGAGUGUCGCACCGAAGAUGGAAUGUUAAGGCAUCCGGCUGAUUCCCCGGCGUGGAAAACUUUUGAUCACUACCAUCCGACCUUUUCAUCGGAUAAUCGCAAUGUUAGACUUGGGUUAGCAGCUGAUGGUUUCAAUCCAUUCAAGACAAUGAGUAUUGCUCAUAGCACAUGGCCGGUUAUUCUGAUACCAUAUAACUUGCCACCAUGGAUGUGUAUGAAGCAAUCUUAUUUCAUGAUGUCCUUGCUUAUUCCUGGUCCUUCUGGACCUGGUAAUGAUAUUGACGUGUAUUUGCAACCUUUAAUAGAUGAGUUGAAGGAUUUGUGGGAGGUUGGCAUAGACACUUAUGAUGCCUCAAGCAAUGAAAUAUUUCGAAUGCGUGUAGCAUUGUUGUGGACUAUCAGUGACUUUCCUGCAUAUGCGAACUUAUCUGGAUGGAGCACUAAAGGACGCCUUGCUUGUCCUUGUUGUGACAAGGACACUUUGUCUAAAUACUUGAAGCAUGGUCGAAAGUUUUGUUAUAUGGGUCAUCGUCGAUUCUUGGAACUUGAUCAUAGAUUUAGAAGUAAUAGCAGAUCUUUUGAUGGUACAGAAGAAUUUAGUGAGGCACCAACUUUGCUAUCUGGGUCUGAUGUGUUGGAUCAGUUACAAGGAAUUAAUGUCACGUUUGGGAAGAAGACUUCUGGCAAUUAUGGGCACAAGAGAACACAAGAGGAUAAUGCGAAAGAUCGAUAUAACUGGAAGAAGCAGAAUAUCUUUUUCGAUUUGCCGUAUUGGGAGCAUAAUUUGUUGCGGCACAAUCUGGAUGUGAUGCAUAUUGAAAAGAAUGUGUCUGACAAUGUGCUCGGGACACUGUUGAACAUUGAAGGGAAAACAAAGGACAGUUUAAAGGCACGUCUCGACAUGCAAGAUAUGGGUAUAAGACAAACAUUGCACCCAAGGUAGCUUUCAUCGAACAAAACAUAUUUGCCACCUGCAUGCUUUACCAUGUCAACCAGUGAGAAAGAUGAUUUCUGCAAAGUUUUGAAGCGAGUGAAAGUUCCAGAUGGUUAUUCAGCCAA